UACCCUCUACGAAAAACGCACCCAUUGUUAAAAAAUUUAAAUAAUUCUUUAAUUGAUUUACCUUCCCCAUCCAAUAUUUCAAUUUGAUGAAAUUUUGGUUCACUUUUAGCAAUAUGUUUAAUCAACCAAAUCUUAACUGGAUUAUUUUUAACAAUAUAUUAUGAUGCAAAUAUCGAAUUAGCUUUCUAUAGAGUAAAUUAUAUCUGUCGAAAUGUAAAUUAUGGAUUAAUAAUUCGAACCUUACAUGCAAAUGGUGCAUCAUUCUUCUUUAUUUGCAUCUACAUUCAUAUUGGGCGAGGAAUUUACUAUGAAUCAUUUAAUUUUAUCAACACUUAAAUAAUAGGAAUUAUCAUUUUAUUCUUGCUAAUAAUAACAGAAUUUAUAGGAUAUAUUCUUCUAUGAGGGCAAAUAUCUUUUUGAGGAGCUACAGUUAUUACAAACCUUUUAUCAGCCAUCCCAUAUUUAGGAAAUUCACUUUUAAAUUGAAUUUGAGGAGGUUUUGCUGUAGACAACCCAACAUUAACUCGAUUUUACUCUUUUCAUUUUCUUAUACCAUUUGUUAUUUUAGCAAUAACAAUAUUUCACUUAUUAUUUUUACAUCAAACAGGAUCCAAUAACCGCUUAGGAAUAAACAGAAAUUUAGAUAAAAUUCCUUUUCACCCUUAUUUUACUUUUAAGGAUUUAAUUGGAUUUAUCAUAAUAAUAUUUAUUUUAAUCUUACUGACACUAAAUAAUCCUUAUUCGUAG